AUGUGGAAGACAACAUGCCCCAUCUUUGAAGCAGGAGAAGUCGAAGUCCUCUCGGACGAUCCGACCUACAUUCUCAUUGACGAGCCUACCAGAGUCCGGAUCAGGGGCAGAGAACUUUUCUUCAAGACAUUUAUGGAUCGAGACGAUAGCAUUUGGGCCCCCGAGGUCCUGACUCUCGAGAAGAUAGCCAAGGCCAAGUUCAACCCGGAGGAGGUGCGCACCUCGCACCUCUACGGCAUCGUCCAAGACGCCAAAUCGCAAGUUAUCGGCCUCUUGUUGCAUAACAUCCAAGUUGCCGACACACUGCGCUACAAGGUCAUUGACCCGGGGUCUUCCAACAGCGAUCUCAAGGAUAAGUGGAAGAGACAAGUGAGCGGCACAGUGGAGGCGCUCCACAAGGCUGGCAUCGUUUGGGGCGACGUGAAGGCGGACAAUGUUUUGGUGGAUAUGGCGGGGGACGCGUGGGUCACUGAUUUUGGAGGAGGUCACACAAGGGGGGAGCCUGAAAUAGUGGACUGA